AUGUGUAACACCACCAUCAAACCUUCAUCUCCUACCUCAUCCAUGAAACCCCAUUUCAGUAAAUCCAUCACAACCGCCAUUAAACAUGAUCAUGUUCCAAGUAUUAUCAUUGAUGAUGCUCCUCUCGAUGACCACCUCCACUACUGGCCAACCCUUUCCCAGACAGUUGAAGAGAUCAAAGCCAUUGGGAGAAUUUCAGGCCCAACCGCCAUGACAGGUUUACUUCUUUACUCAAGAGCCAUGAUUUCCAUGCUCUUCCUCGGCUACCUCGGUGAGCUAGAACUGGCUGGAGGCUCACUCUCCAUUGGCUUCGCUAACAUAACCGGUUACUCUGUCAUCUCCGGCUUAGCCAUGGGAAUGGAGCCCAUUUGCGGCCAAGCUUACGGGGCUAAGCAAUGGAAACUUUUAGGGUUAGCCUUACAAAGAACAGUACUUUUACUCCUCUGUUUUUCUGUCCCCAUAUCUUUCUCGUGGAUGAAUAUGAAGACGAUCCUAGUUUGGUGUGGACAAGACAGUGAAAUCUCAGCCAUGGCUCAUACAUUCAUUGUUUUCGCCAUACCCGACUUGUUCUUCAUCUCGAUUCUCCAUCCGUUGAGGAUUUAUCUUAGGACCCAGAAUGUAACGUUGCCGUUGAUGUAUUGUUCGGGUGUCUCUGUUUUAUUACACGUUCCAUUGAAUUACAUUCUCGUCGUUCGUUUCCAAAUGGGCAUUGCAGGAGUAGCGAUUGCAAUGGCUUUGACUAAUCUAAACCUUUUGAUCUUUCUCUUCUCAUUCAUUUACUUCUCCGGCCUUUAUAAGAGAUCAUGGGCCCCUAUCAGCUGGGACUGUCUCCGCGGCUGGCCGUCGCUUCUGUCUCUAGCCAUCCCGAGCGCAGUCUCUGUUUGCCUGGAGUGGUGGUGGUACGAGUUGAUGAUCAUGGUCUGCGGUCUACUACCGAAUCCGAAAGCCACGAUUGCUUCUAUGGGGAUCUUGAUUCAAACAACUUCCCUGAUUUACGUAUUCCCGUCGGCUCUGAGUCUUGGUGCGUCGACCAGGGUCGGAAAUGAACUAGGGUCAGGUCGACCAGGGAGAGCGCGGGUGGCGAUGAUGGUAUCGAUGGGUAUGGCGAUUGGGGUUGGAUUUGCGGCGAUGAUAUUUGCGAUGGUGAUAAGGCACGGAUGGGGGAGGAUGUUCACGAGAGAUGAGGCGGUUUUGGAAUUGACGGCGGUUGCUCUGCCGAUUGUUGGGUUGUGUGAGCUUGGGAAUUGUCCGCAGACGGCUGGGUGUGGAGCUUUGAGAGGUAGUGCUCGGCCGGGGAUUGGGGCGAAUAUAAAUCUGGGUUCGUUUUAUUUGGUGGGUAUGCCGGUUGGGAUGGUAAUGGGGUUUGUUGUGAAGAUGGGUUUUUCAGGGUUGUGGUUAGGGCUUUUGGCGGCGCAAGGGUGUUGCGCCACUCUUAUGGUGAUUGUUUUGUUUAGGACUGAUUGGAAUGUACAAGCGGAGAGAGCUAUUGAAUUGACUCAGUAUGAGAGUAUUAAGAUUCAUGAACAAGACAAGAUCAUUAAGGCGGUGAAUGGUAGUAGCCAUGAUGAAGAUGAUGAUGAUGAAAAGGAAUUGUUACAGACAGAACUAGACCUAGAUGUUGUUGAUGAUGAAGAAGAUAAAAAUAAUAUCGUAGUUAUCCAUGUUACUAAUUAUUAACUUGUAAUAGAUCUUUUGAUCGAGGUAUGACUCUUCGGAGAUUGUAUGUUGAUAGAGUUCAUUUGUAUUAAUUAUCUCGGUUUGUUUCUUAAUUUGGAAUUAACAUGUUUGUUAUAAUAGUUA